AUGAACGCAGUAUUGGCAUAUGUCAUCUGCGCGACGUUUGUGUGCACACCGAGUGUGCCGGUCGCGAUGGAUACUGUACAGGACUUUUUAGAAGACCAAAGUUUAAAUAUGAAAGCGUUUUUCGAAGAACAAAAAAAUAAAGUAGAAAAAGCUUUCAACUCUAGCUAUCAAGAAGCAAUUCGUAUGAAAGAUUCUGUGACUAAUUACGUCGAUGUGCAGCAGAAGAAAAUAAGUACAGACAUAACCAAUUAUGUUGAAAGUGUCAAGGAAAGUGGGAGGAAGGUCACAGAUUCCUGGUCAUACCUUCCGAUAGAAGAACCUGGAGCCAAGAUGGAGAUUCCAGACAUGUUUCUAUCAGUACCCAGCAUUAUUACACGUAAUGGGUACUAUUGUGAAACGCAUACAGUAUUAUCGCAAGGAUACUUGCUGAACGUGCACAGAAUCGCACGCUCGAGAAAUUUUGGGGAAAUACCGCAAAAAACUGUUUUACUACAACACGGUUUAUUUGGUAGUUCAGCUGAUUGGAUUUUAAAUGGCCCCGACAAAGGCUUGGGAUACGUUUUAGCGGAUGCCGGGUACGAUGUGUGGAUGUCAAAUAUUAGAGGUAAUAGGUAUUCUAAGGAGCAUGUAUCUUUAAAAACCGAUUCGAAGUCAUUCUGGAAUUUCUCGUGGCACGACGUCGCGUUGCACGACAUACCAGCGGUGAUCGAUCACAUAAUAAAAAUAAAAGGUGAAUGUAGUAUCACUUAUAUCGGUCAUUCUAUGGGAACUACUAUUUUGUUUGCCAUGUUAACGUUACGACCUGAAUACAACAAUAUAUUGAAGGCAGGUUUCGCGUUAGCUCCUGUUGCCUUUUUAACGAACCUAAAAUCGCCUUUGAAGUCAUUAGCGCCAAUAGCAAGUAAUGUAGCGUAUAUGGAAAUGCUGUACGGCUCCCAUGAGUUUUUACCAAAGGAUUCAAUAUUAGGCAGAAUGACAAGUUCAUGUAAAGUCGACAAAAUGGAUUCUGUUGUGUGCAAGAAUGUGAUAUUUUAUAUAUGUGGUUAUAAUGAAAAGCAAUUUAAUAAAGAACUUUUGCCUAUAUUUUUAUCAAACCUCGGUACUGGAACUUCUUGGAAAACUGCCGUCCACUUCGCCCAAGAGAUCGUCGCCGACGGAAAGUUUCAACAGUUCGAUUACGGAACAAAAGACAACAAAAGGAUUUAUGGAUCUGAAAAGCCCCCGGAGUAUGAUCUUACUAAAAUAAGUAUGCCUUUAAAGUUGUUUUGGGCCGAAAAUGACUUGCUGUGCAGCGAAGAAGAUGUGAAACUUCUAUAUGAUAAGCUACCGUCUUCUAAGCAAAUAUAUAAGGUCCCCGAGCCGACAUUUAAUCAUUUGGAUUAUCUGUGGGCGAUCGACGCACCGACUUUAAUUAAUCAAGAAAUUCUUAAUUCGUUAGAACAAGUUUAUUCAACU